CGCGUCCCUCCGUUACUGCAGCCAUUGGUUGAAAUGUCUGUUUCCAGUCUGUUGGCUAGGUGCAUUUAGGUCGUUGGGCUCAUAGCCUGCGUCCAUGCCUUGGAGACAGCCGCGCUACGCGCUACACUGCUCCGCUAUUUUCCCUGACCCUGUGUAGGCUCUCGCGCUCAGUUAAGCAAACACUAGACCCACUGAUCAUCAGACGCUCUUCAACAAAUCAGUGUGCGAUUCUGCGAGAGCGAGUGCACAUCGUAAACUAUUCUUUCUCUGCACUCUAUAUCUCUCCAGGAUGGAUUUACCUUGAGCGGAGACAGCUACCUCGUAAGCCGAGUGAGGGGAGUCUUAUCAAUUGUCAAGUUUCGUCUAUUCCUGGAGUUUUGAGUGGUGAAGCAAGCGUUUUUUUCCUCCCUUGAGCCUCACUCGUUUUUCACCACCUUUGCUCGCAUCAGCUGGAGCGAGAGCUGCAGCUUCACAAUGGCAGGAGCGGGAAUAUUUCUGUGCAUUCUGCUGUUACAGUGUUUUAUCUCCACUGCGCUGUGCAACGCCGGAUUCGCCUUCACGGAAGAGCCCUCGGAGAGAGCUGGGAAGUCAGACGGGUAUUGUGGUCGGAUAUUACGGGCUCAGGGCACUCGGAAGGAAGGCUACAAUGAGUUUCGGCUCCGAGUCGAGGGGGACCCAGAAAAUUAUCAGCCUGGGAGCACUUACAGAGUGACUCUGUAUGCAUCCAGUCCUGCUUACUUCAGAGGUUUCACCCUCAUCGCUCUGAGGGAGGGCAGGGAAGGAGACAAAGAAGAGGACUAUGCUGGCAAUUUCCAGAUCAUCGAUGAAGAGGACACCCAGUUCAUGAUCAACUGUCCCCCGGCAGUGACAGAGAGUACCCCUCGGAGACGCACCAGGAUCCAGGUGUUCUGGACAGCACCCCCAAGCGCCUCUGGUUGUGUCACCCUCAAGGCCAGCAUUGUCCAGAAGAGGAUCAUCUACUUCCAGGAUGAAGGCUCUCUCACCAAGAGGAUGUGUGAGAAAGAGUCAUUGUAUGGGGAGACCACAGAGAAGCCUUUGCUGGAUUGCUGUGCCUGUGGAACAGCCAAGUACAGAGUCACCUUCUAUGGCAACUGGUCAGAGAAGGUGCACCCCAAAGACUACCCUCGGCGUGCUAACCACUGGUCGGCCAUCAUCGGAGCGUCCCACUCUAAGAACUACGUGCUGUGGGAGUAUGGUGGCUACGCCAGCGAGGGCAUCAAGAAGGUGGCCGAGCUGGGAUCACCUGUCUCUAUGGAGGAAGAGAUCAGGCAGAAGGGUGAUGACGUCCUGACAGUCAUCAAAAUGAAGGCGCAGUGGCCUGCCUGGCAACCCUUGAAUGUUCCCUUCUCUCUGUCCUCCAGUCGUGCUGCCCCGUCGGCUGAGUUCUCAGUGGACCGGACCCGUCACCUGAUGUCCUUCCUCACCAUGCUGGGGCCCAGCCCUGACUGGAACGUGGGGCUGUCUGCAGAGGACCUCUGCACCAAGGAGUGUGGUUGGGCCCAGAGGGUUGUCCAGGAUAUGAUCCCCUGGGAUGCAGGCACCGACAACGGGGUCACCUAUGAGUCUCCCAACAAGCCCACAGUCCCUCAGGAGAAGAUCCGCCCCCUGACUAGCCUGGACCACCCCCAGAGCCCCUUCUACGACCCUGAGGGGGGCGCCAUCACCCCCGUGGCCAGGGUAGUAGUGGAGCGCAUUGCCCGAAAGCCGCCAGAGGCAAACGGAGGAUCUUAUCACAACAGAGUGGUAUGUAUUCCACAACGCAGGCCUGUGUUUGUCUGUCCGCAGGGAGAGCAGUGCAACGUCGUGCCUGAUAACGUGGAUGACAUUGUGGCUGAUAUCGCCCAGGAGGAGAAAGAGGAAGACGACACUCCAGAGACAUGCAUCUACUCCAACUGGUCUCCCUGGUCAGCCUGCAGCUCAGCCACCUGUGACAAGGGCAAGAGGAUGAGACAGAGGAUGCUGAAGGCCCAGCUCGACCUCAGUGUACCCUGUCCUCACACCCAGGACUUUGAGCCCUGCAUGGGGCCCGGCUGCAGCGACGAGGAAGGGUCCACCUGCACGAUGUCAGAGUGGAUCACCUGGUCUCCGUGCAGCAUGUCAUGUGGGAUGGGCCUGCGGUCCAGGGAACGCUACGUCAAGCAGUUCCCUGACGAUGGCUCUGUGUGUACCUUGCCUACUGAGGAGAACGAGAAGUGUAUUGUGAACGAGGAAUGCACCCCCAACAGUUGUCUGGUGACAGAGUGGGGUGAGUGGGACUCCUGCAGUGCCACCUGUGGGCUGGGUAUGAAGAGAAGGGAACGCAUGGUGAAGAUGCCUCCCCCGGACGGCUCCAUCUGUGGGGCUGAGGUGCUGGAGGUGGAGAAGUGCAUGAUGCCAGAGUGUCACACCAUCCCCUGUAUGCUGUCUCCGUGGUCUGACUGGAGCGACUGCAGUGUGACGUGUGGGAAGGGCAUGCGGACGAGGCAGCGCGUGCUCAAGUCUGCUGUGGAGCUGGGGGAGUGUACAGAGGACCUGGAGCAGGUGGAGAAGUGCAUGCUGCCAGAGUGUCCAACAGACUGUAUGGUGUCAGAGUGGACGGAGUGGUCUGAGUGCAACAAAUCCUGUGGUAAAGGUCACAUGAUCAGGACACGCAUGGUGAAGCUGGAGCCUCAGUUCGGAGGGGACUCGUGUCCCGAGACUGUACAGAGGAAGAAGUGUAAGAUCAGGAAGUGUAACCGCGGUGGUGGCCAGGGACAGGUCAACAGCGACGAGAAGAAACGGCGCAAGGAGGCGAGGGAGAAGAGGAGGAGCAAACAGGGUGGGCGACAGGGGGAGGAGACCACGUCGACCGCUGAACACCCAGGCUGUAAGAUGAGGCCAUGGUCCAGCUGGACGGACUGUACCAAGCUGUGUGGCGGGGGGAUUCAGGAGCGGCUCAUGACAGCCAAGAGGAGGCUUAAGAGCGCCCAGCUCCCCAGCUGCAAGGACAGGAAGGAGAUCCGAGCGUGUAACGUGCACCCCUGCUAGAUGGACCAAGUUGGGCGGGACGGGAUGGGUACGGAGUGGGUGGAGGUUGCCCAUAAACACUGGUGUGAGCUCAGUUGUUUUCCCCUCUGACAGUUCAGAUUAGGUUUGGGGAUUGUAAACUGAUCCUAGAUCUGUGCCUAUGGGCAACUUGGUGAUGUGACGGAGCGUGAGGUGGCAUAGUGUCACUCAAUGAUCCAAUGCACUCUGUUUAGGACUGGCACAGACCUUAAUCUCUCUUGGUUUAAUCCAGGGCUGAGUCUGAAGAUUGUAGAUUGGGGAAGGUACACUGGUUCUGUAUACACCUCUAGUCAGAGUUUGGAAAGAGUUUAGCAAAUUCUGAAAUGACCCAUCCUUCAAGGUCAAAGGUCAUGUGUUAUUUUACAAGAAGGAAGGAAGGAAUUCCCUUGGUCUCUUCUCGAGCCUAAAACAAACAGCCAUUUCGAGAGAGGAUCUAGGCUUCCCAAAAUAAUGCCUAGCCUCUGAUGAACCUGACUGAUUUUCCUCUGUUCGUAAAUGAACUAGCUCUGUUACAUAUAGGAUUCUUCUGCAAGAUUACUGUAAACUUGUUGUGGUAUAAUAUUCUUGAAUAAUGAUAAUGUUGAAAACACCAAUUGAUUUAAUAAGCGAUAGUACUGUUAGGCUAUAUCCUGUAGUAUCCUCUUUGGUAGUGUAUAUUAUCCCAGAACCUAAAGCACAGUUACCCAGCCAUUCCAGCAUUUUAUAAUCCUUCAGAAAAAAAACAUGUUUCUAGGAUCAAGAAAUCUCCUGUAUGACUUUUUACUCAGCUGUACUACUGUUCAUGUAGACACACCGCAACUGAAAUCUCUAUGAUUUUGUGCAUUGUUAUUAUAAGAUCACCCGAGAGUCUUACCAAAGUCUUGUGUAGAUGUUUUUUACGUGUCUUUUACUUCUCUUUGUUCUCUGCUCCUCUAACAUAUUAAUAUUUUGGAAUAUAUCACCUUUACAAUAAAAGUAAAUGUUAGAAA